UACUCUGCCAACUCAAGCUGCGUUGUCGUUAUUGUUCGCCGCCUAUCUCACCAUGGCUAUUGACGACGUAGGUCUCUCUAACAAACAGCAAGCCUUCAAGCACGAGCACGGCCGUCGCUAUCGAGCGAACGACAAUGCGUACUUCUUCCCCGCCAACGAAAAGGAGUACAAUCGUCUUGACCUCCAGCAUCUCUCCCUGCGGAUGCUCACCGACAAUAAGUCCGCCUUAGCGCCACUACCAGAGGGAUCAUUGAGGGUGCUUGAUCUCGGCAUCUGGGCCAAAGAGUUCAUCGACGAGUAUCCGCAGGCAACAGUUGUCGGAGUUGACCUUUCCUUUCCCGAGGGGCAGGGUUUCGAAGAUGAACGCCUUGAACGCAGAGUAGAAAAUUCGGAAGCGAAUUAGUCUACCCUUCCUCCGGUCGGGUGAGCA